CUAUUUAUAGAACAGCUUCCCUGUCUGAUGGAAGACAUAAUAUAAUGGGGUGUUGCUUUUCCUCGCAGCAGGACGGUCCAACUUCGAAAACGAGGCUUCUUCAGGACCAGUCAGAUCAUCAUGCUGACAGUGGCCCGCCAUCGUCAGCUAGACAGAAAUAUGGUGGCCAAACUUCACAGACAGUAGAGUUCAUGUCCUCUGUCGACGUAUUAAGGCCUGCUGAUAUGAAGACUGUUGCACUGUCGAAGUUAGACAAAACAUUCCAGGAAAUACAAGGCCCAAAUUGGCACUCCUCCGAAGGGAUUUCUGAACUUGAUAAAUGUAUUGUGAUCCUAGUAGAAAGAUGUGGUGAAGCGGAAUUGGUUGUAGAUAGGAAGUUGAAAAACUGUAUUCAAAUUGAUUAUAAAUCUGAGGAGAUUUUACGCACUUGCACCGUGGAUUACCAACAAGUAAUUCCGGUAUUGGACCUUUUUAAUGAAAUAAAUAAGCUAAUAAAGAAAAUACUAGAUCGCGCCCCACAGGUAAGGUCAACGAUUGAGUGCCUUCUAAGCGACGCACACGAAAUGAAGAAGGAUAUUAUGAAGUCAGACCUAGAUUCAGCGGAUGGGCCUGCAGCCAUGAAGGCAUGUAUAGCUAAUAUUAGCAAGCUAGAUGUCCUCAGGAAAGAUGUGGAUACCAUCACCAAACAUACAGAGAGGAUGUUCAAAGAUGUUUUGCAAUCAUCUCAAGGAUUUUUCAAGGAAGUGGGGGAAGAUAAGGACGAAUAACGAAGUGGUGGUAAAAAUGAUUGCCAUUUAUUAUAUUGCUAUGUUGGUAUAUCCGUAUGUUAUACUUCAGGACAUAGUCGGAACUUUAAAAUCACAAAACACAAGCUUGCAUGACGUGGCUUUAGUAUUAUGUUGAAAUCCUGCAAAGAAAUAUGAUGAGUAACUGAGUAACGGAUGAAAACAAUUGCAAUAUACAUGUAUCACAGUGUACAUUUUAUUACAUUAUAUAAUAAUCUUUUUUUUAAAUGAAGGUUUUAAAAAUAAAUUUCCAUUUAGUUAAUUA